AUGGAUCAAGAACGUGCAAUGAUGAUUUUUUUGUCUUAUCAAAAAUUACAAAUGCCAACAUUUAGUGUUCGACAACGACGCACUGAAAAUCCAUUACGUGAACGUUUACUCGUUCGAAAAUUUAUUGCACAAUUAGAAACAUAUUAUUUCUAUCAACAACAACAACAAGCUCAAUGGCAAUAUUAUAAAGAACAAGAGACAAUGACAUCAACAAAUAAUCAAACAAAUCAACAAGAUGAACAAAUAAGUCAGAUGGAUGUUGAUCGAGAAAUUGAUGAACAAAAUGAAACUGAAGUUGAAACAUCAAAUAUAAUCGAUUCUUCAGUUAGUGAUGAUGAAGAUGAUUCAGUUUGUUCGAUUGUUAUGUCAACAAGUAAUGAUAAUAAUAAUUCAGUUUCACUUGAUACAUCGGAUUUAAUGAAAAAUUAUGCAAUUAUGCUUGAAGUACCAACAACAUUAACAACAUCAAAUGAUCAAAUAUAA